AUGGAGGCGUACGGCACGGGGGAAGGCGUUUGGAUGGCCGGGCGGGUGGAUCUCGUCCCACCCGCCGGAUCCGGCGACGAGGUGGCCGACGACGGCGGCCAGAGGGCGGGGCGGCGCCGGAGGACGUCCUUCGUACUCUUUGAGAGGUGGCACACAUACUAUAGAAGCGCUCCUGGACUGAGAAGCAUCUUGGUCCCAAAGGGCGAGUCAAUUGAUUACAGAGGUGUUCUUCAUCAUGAUGGCUCUGUUUUGAUGCCAGUUUCCUUGGAUCAAUUGGAGGUUGCGAUACAAGUCACGGACCAGAAGACCAUAAGCAGGCAUUUGAUGCUUCUCGCUUUGCCUAAUCCAGCAGUAGGGCGUCACUGACAGGGUGGCGCACAACUCUGCUUUCAUGGACUAUCCACGAGUCGGGGACGACUAAUUGAGCGUGCGGCUGGUUGAAGCAAACGACAAUC